AUGGCGGGCGGCACGGGCGAGAAGCUGACCGCGGCGACUAUCAUCGUCUCCGGUGUCGCGGCCUUGAUAGCGACACUUUUGUCUGGCGUUUCCAUCUUCCUGCAGUCCAAAAACUAUCGCAAGCCUCUGCUCCAGCGCUAUGUCAUUCGGAUACUGCUCAUGGUCCCCAUCUACUCCAUCGCCUCAUGGACGAGCAUGGUUUCCAUUACGGCUGCCUCGUUUCUCGACCCUGUCCGUGAUAUCUACGAGGCUUUCACCAUCUACACCUUCUUCCAACUCCUUAUCAACUACCUCAGUGGGGAACGCGCUUUGAUCAUCAUGACCCAUGGCCGGGAGCCCGUUCACCACCUUUGGCCCAUGAAUCAUGUCCUUGCCCGAGUCGACAUAUCUGACCCUCAUACCUUCCUCGCCAUCAAGCGCGGCAUUCUUCAAUAUGCAUGGCUCAAACCUGUUCUUGCUCUAGCAACCGUCAUUAUGAAGGCAACCGGAACCUACCAAGAAGGAUACAUCGGGGCCGAGUCGGGCUACUUCUGGAGCAGCCUGAUUUACAACAUCAGUGUGACCCUCAGUCUGUACUGCCUUGGUCUGUUCUGGGUGUGUAUGCACAACGACCUGGUUCCUUUUCGCCCGGUGCCCAAAUUUCUGUGUAUCAAACUCAUCAUCUUUGCAUCCUACUGGCAGGGAUUUCUGCUCUCGAUUCUCGUUUGGCUGGGUGCCAUCCCGGAUAAUGUCGAAGGCUACACCCCCAGCAACCUGGCUGCGGCCAUACAGGAUGCUCUGAUUUGCAUAGAGAUGCCUGCGUUCGCCAUCGCCCACUGGUAUGCUUUCUCCUGGCACGACUUCGCUGACAACAGCAUCCUGUCUGCCAGGAUGCCUGUCAAGUUCGCCUUCCGUGACGCUUUUGGCGUUAGAGAUUUGAUCGAGGACACCAAGGAGACCCUCAAAGGCGACAAAUACGGAUACCGUGCUUUCGACUCAGGAGAUAAGAUCAUGGCCCACGAAGAGUCACGCGCCAGGCUUGGCAGGCUUAAGGAGGGCAUGCGGUACUCUAGGGGCGGAAAGGGAAAGUACUGGAUACCGACACCCGGCCAGGUUGACCGUCAAGUCAACCGUGAUAUGAACGAGCGGGAUCCAUUGCUCGUGGGAACUGCGGGCGGCCCGAGCGAAGAGUACAACUAUGCCAACGGCACUUUCAAUGAAGACCUGGCCAAUGAUCCCCAGAUUGACCCAGAUGAAGAGCAACUCUAUACCAAGGCACGUGAGCUAGAGUUUGGUGAUUGGAAUUAUCCCGUAAUCACGGCGAGUGAGCCGUUGAGCAAGCGGUAUAUGUCUUCUCAAGGCAGCUUGGGCUUUGCGUCCUCAUCCCGUUCCACCACCGAACAUCUCCGUCGGUCUCCUCGGCCUGAUCAACCCAUAGUAGUUGCCAGCAAGAAGAAGAAGAAACAAAAACAGAAGCAAGAGCCUCUUGAGAGACCAGGUUCAACAGCAUCCCCGAUUCAUUCAGAGUCCGGGCCGUCAACCAAGCAGCCAAGUCCGGCUCCUGAUUCUGCAAGAGCACCUGCCCCACCGGUUCAACCCGAAAUACAUCCUGUUGCUCAACAAGACGCAGACAAAGACAUAGAGUCACCUCAUCUACAAGAAGCCAUGGCUUCACCUUGGGCGGAGAGUGAACAAGAAGACGACUUUAACAACAACUUUCGUGUGGGAGAUACAGACGAUUUCAAGAACGUUUGGGACGGAGGAGAAUCCCGCUGA